AUGGCGUCACCAAAUUCGAGUGAGCCAGAUUUGUAUGAGAGCAUAAGUCCUGAGGGAGUGGCCAUCAGUAUUAAAGAAUCGAAGAAAAAGCCUCGCAAACUCUCGAAAAAGCAGAAAGAUUAUCUAAAAUCUUUAUUCAAAAAAUCUAUUACAGAAAUAGAUUAUGAAACAGACUCGAAAAUGAAUGAACUUGGCAUACCAGCAUUCUUGCAGCAUGCUUAUUUAACGGGCAAACCGGAGCCAAAGAUUACUCAACUAAGAGAUUGGCAGGAAAACCUUUGGAAAACACCUUCUUGGCAAGCGCAAAUGAAUACAAUAGUCCUUGUUCCAACAUCUGGCGGCAAAACAGUGGCAGCUGACCUUGCGAUGGCACAAGUUUUAGAAAAAGAUCCCACAGCUAAGAUCAUAUACGCAUUGCCUUUCGUUGCUUUGGCAAAUGAGAAGUACUCAGAAUACGAACAAAGGUUUUUCAACUUCCAAGUCCGCCCUUUUUAUCAAAAUAUCGGUGGAUCAGAUUUUAGAAGAGGCAAUAUAGCCGUAUGUACAUUUGAGAAAGCACAUUUUUUACUUAAUUCAGCGAUUACAUGCGGUUAUGCUAACAAAAUCAAGCUAGUUGUUAUUGAUGAAAUUCAUAUGAUCGGAGAUGAAAGCAGAGGUGCAGCUAUCGAAGCUCUCAUUAUAAAACUCAAUCUUCUAGAAGCAAAACCUCGCAUUGUUACCCUUACAGCUACAGUAAAUGAAGAAGAUGCGAAUAGAAUUGCGAAAUGGAUCAAUGGCUUUGCCUAUAUUUGGAAAUCCAGACCUGCUCCCAUCAAGCAGAUGGUCAAGAAACUCGAUGGCAGGCUCUGUACCAUUAAUUCCACAGGACAAAUUGUUCCAUUUACAAAAUUACAAAGUUCACCGGACGAUAAAGACCAUUUAAUGCCAUUGAUUAGGACACUUUUAAGCAAAAAGUGCCAAUCCACAAUUCUUGUUUUUGUCAAUUCAAGAAUGGACACUAUAAAGAUCAGUUCAUUGAUUGCCAAUCACAUGUAUGAUGAUACAAUACCACUUCCGAAGGUUCCUCCUCCAUCAGAUUCACUUUUGAAGAAAAGAUUAGAUUUGAUCAAAAAAAUGGCAGCUAAUUCCGGAUUCAUUGAUGAUACUACUGUUACAUGUAUCAAGAAUGGUGUAUUGUUUCAUCACGGCGGUAUCCUUUUAGAAGACAGGAAACUGAUAGAAGAAGCUGCGAGAUCCAAAAUCAUCAAUGUUUUAGUUGCAACAACAACUUUGUCAGCAGGUGUUAAUAUCCAUGGUGUAACAAGAGUCAUUAUACAUAACAUUUAUAGGCAAACACAAGACAACAGGAAGAAGUUGAUUGCGCCUACUCAAUACACACAAAUGAUUGGAAGAGCAGGAAGAUCAGGACAAGCAGGAGAAUCAUUUAUAAUUGCGAGAUCAGAAAGUCCUGUUGAAAUGAAUAAUAUCUUAGAACUUUCAAAGAAUAUUAUUCCUGACUUGAAAUCAAGUAUAUUAGAAGGAGAAGAAGCAGAUAGAUACUUCCUCCAAUGUUUAACAAUUCGUCUUCUUCCACCUGACGGAGUGAGAUCAUUUAUUGAGAAAUCAUUUAGUUUUAGUAGUAGAAAUGAUUUGAUUUCUGACAAUAAAACAAUAGAAAGUUAUUGUCAACCGAUAUAUUCCAGAUUGCAGAAUAAUAACAUGAUUGAUAGUAAUCAUAGAACAACAAAGUUUGGAAUGGCUGUUGCAGGAAGUUCAUUGAGUAUUGAAGAAGGAUUAAACAUUUAUUCGAUUUUGAAUCGCGCACAAAAAAGUUUGUGUAUUGAAGAUGAAGUUCAUUUAUUAUAUUUGUGUAUCAGUUCUAAAACAGCCAGUUCAAUCAGACCAAUUAGUUAUGAUUCCCCUCAAUGGAGAAAGAUCUUUGAGAACCAUCUCCAUGUCAUACAGUUAGUUACUCAAUUAAGUAAUGUUCAAAUUGAUCAUCUUCCUGAUCUCGCACAUAUUUAUGGAGGAAAUGGUCGUGUUAAUGAUGAAAUUGAUCAUUGCCUUGACAAAGUUAUGGUUGCUGUUAUUCUUCAAGAUCUUAUUAACGAGCGACCUCUUAAAGACAUCUCUUAUGAGUACAAAGUUGAUCUUGGAACAAUACAGAAAGUUCAGAUGGAAUCAGCAUCAUACGCAGGCCAAAUCAACAGGUUCUGUGAGAUUCUUGGUAAUGGUGUUUUGGCUGCAGCACUCAACAAAUUUAGACAGAGGCUUAAUUUCGCAGCAAGAACAGACAUUUUGAGUUUGAUGACAAUUCCAAGUUGUCCACGAGAUAUCGCAAGAACUCUUGCAGACAGAGGAAUUAUGUCUCCUGCAGAUUUAAGUUGCCUCAGCUUGAAUCAACUUGUCAUGAUCAUUUCAAGUGAAAACACACAAGAUAAACCAAAUCGAACACAAGAAGAGACAGAAGAAGUUGCUAAGAAGAUUCUUGCUGAUGCAAAAACAUUUGCUGAUUCACUUGAGAAAAUCGAAGAACUUGAAGACAAAGCUAUUGCUACAAUUCGUUAA